UAUCUUUGCCAUAAUGGCUUCUUGUUGCUAUCCUGCUGAUAUAUUUUCUUGGAUUCAAAACCUUCCACCAAUUGCUGAAUGGCAAAAUAAUUUCAUAUCAAUAUGCAUAUGUUCUUCUGCUUCAUCAUCUCAACCAUCACUUAAUCUUUGUGUGACCAAAAAUCUCACAUCCUCAACUAUCUCCUUCUCUAUUAAUGCUAAUUUCAAUCUUUCAUUUUCUCUUUGGACCUCAAAAUCAAUUAAAACUAAUUCCAAAUCCUUGAAGUUAUUAGAUGAUGACAAUAUUUCUAGUUUCUUAACCAAUCUUAUUGAAGAUGUUCUUAGUUAUUGUUCAAACAAGUGUAAAUCUUCUAUUAAAGUUCCUAAGCUGAAUUUUGUUUCUAACUUGAAGGAUAUCUUCAACCUAGCUUUUCUCUCACUCUCAUUCCUCAUUUGUAUCUAUGAAGCUCCUGCUGAUCUUCGAUCGGGAUGUCUUGCUAAUCUGAAAACGGAAUUGACUAAUUGUCGAUUGAGAGAAGGAUCAAAGUUGCUUAUGAGAAUUAUCGGGUCUAAUCUGGAAGAGCAAUGGAUGCGUUCGAUUAAUCUUGCGAUUACAAACUGGAUUUCGGAGAUUCAAGUUGCUAACCGGAUUAUUAAGACGCCGUCACCACUCUUCUCUUACUCAUUUUCGACAUUCGAGUUUUGGAAAGUUCAAUUAUAUUGCCCUGUUAUAGCAAUGGAUAUUGAAAGUUCGGGUUAUCCUUUAGCUGGCGAGAAAUUGCUUUUCUCCCUAAAACACCACCAACUUGAAGGGGUCAUGCAGUUCAAUUAUAGAGUAAUUGUUCAAGAGAAGUGGGUUGAUGUGAUCGCUACAAUAGACAACAUAAGGUGUGAUGUUAUAAGACUGGUGAAUGAUAGUCUCAUGAUGAAACAAGGAGUCGGAACAGAAGAAAAGCAUUUCCCAUCACGAAUAUCGCUGUACCUAACUCCGAUUCUCCAAACCAACAUUCUAAGUGUUUCAGUUGGGAAAUCUUCGGACAAUCCAAUAACAGAGAUUGAAGUCGAAAAAAGCAUGGAAACCUCAUUUGAUCCUCCUAACACUUUUUUGGGGUUUAGGCUUUCAGUCGGAGAGACCGUGUCUACAAGCUUGAAACCCUGGAAAUUUGAGGAAUCUGUUUAUGGGUAUAGCGCGAUAAUGAAUUGGUUUCUCCAUGAUAGCAUGGAUGGAAGAGAAGUAUCCUCCUCCAAACCGUCAAAGAUGGCAUUAAUUAAUCCUAGGGCUUGGUUUAAAGAUCGAUACUCAAGUGCUCAUCGGCCUUUCACCAGGCAAGGAGGAGUUGUUUUUGCUCGUGAUGAGUACGGAAAUGGUAUCCGGUGGAAGGUGGAUAAAAACGCUCUAGGGAAGACAAUGGAUUGGGAGAUUAAAGGUCGGAUUUGGUUAACUUAUUGGCCUAACAAACAUAGAACAUUUUAUAGCGAGACUAGAAUGCUAGAAUUUCGAGAAAUUGUUCAUCUAACUAUCGCUUAGCUAACUAUAUUUCUCAUACAUCCUAGACAACUAUCUACAGUGCAACUAAGACUGUUCCUGAAUUCGCGACUUCUUGAAUAAAGAUAUAAGACAUUCAACUA